AUGUUCCGCGCCCUCCCUCUACUCGCAUCUUGCGCGUUUUCUGGUGCCUGGGCUGCAUUACAAGUGCAGCCUACCUUUCAGACCGUAGGACCUGUCAGUCGCCCUCUGCCGUUAUCUGCAACCAACUCCAGCAAGUGGAGCCGGCUGUACGCGUCCAAGGCUCAGCACGACCAUGCAAAGAGGCAGAUUAGGAUUAGAAGGGUGAUGGUGGAGAAGCUCAUGCAGCUCGAGGCUAGGACGGCUGUGGAUGGUGACUUCCAAGUGCUGUUCCUUCACAGUAGGUGGUACUCAGCGCAACCGGACAUACAGCAACGUAUCCUGGACGAGGUACUGAAGUCGAAGGCUGCUCAGGCUGCUCGUGCAGAGGGGAAAUGGCGUGUCAUUAUUACCUCAACGUCGCACACUGGCGGUGACAUGAAGCGGCCCCACGAGCACCAUGACAACACCCCGCAUGUGCAGCUCUACUCCCCACUUCACCUCACUCCGAUAGUCGCUGAUUUCAGAUGGUCCGAAGCGGAGUUUGUAGAACUCGGACAAAGCGUCGCAGUCUUGUGGCGUUUGGGAGUCAGCGGCACUUUUAACGUGAGCAAAUCCCCCAGACGCGACCCUCUCCCUGUCUGCUGCAAUGCGCGGGCGCACAUACUCUCGAGCUCUCUCACCACCGUCACCGGCAAGCCUCCCCCACCCUGGUUGUCGUCAUGUACUCGCCCCUGGUACCACCUACUCAGCAGCAGCUCUGUUUCGACCACUCUUGGGCAGCUCGAUGCUGGUGGACGCCAAGUCGUUCGAGAAGAUUUCAAGCAGUACUCAUAUGCGCUCAAGGACAGGCCGUCGCCUGGCAGCAAUGACCCUCCCAGACAGGCCAGUGUGCUGUUAGAUCCAUGCCCCCUGCGCACACCGGACAGCGUGCCCGCUCACAUCGCCUGA